AUGCUAUAUACAAGAUUAUUACGUCAAAAGCCAAAAUUCACCAAGUUCUCAGCCACACAGCCCAAUCCCGGCCCAAAGCUUUUAUUGUCGAAGGGUAAUUUGUACACAAAUAUUUUAGUGACCACACUCUACGGGACAGGUCUGGCAUGCCUAUAUCUAGAAUCAAAUAGCUUGAAUAAGUCCAAAAAGCAGCAAGAUCCUCGUGCGAUCGCAAAAGACGACGUUGUAAAUAUAGUCCACGAUGCUCCUAAUAGGAUAUUCAAGCCGGUACUUGAUACCUAUCAGGAGAAAGAGCUGGACCUACAAAAGAGUGACCUUCAUAAAGUGCUUCAUUCUUUGACGUACAGUGACGUCUCCCAAUUUUCGGUUGUGUGGGGGUUUCUGAUUCAACUAUCGAGUCUUAUAGGCAAUUCUUCUUUGGGUAAAAAAUCUAUACUUUACAAGGGAAGUGCCCUCAGUGUUGUAGGAUUUCCACCGUUAAUUUAUAUGGCCCUUAGGCUUAGAAUGAAGCAACUGGAAAAAGCUGGAGUGCGCUUCGAAUGA